UUUUCACCGACUGCCGUCUGGAGUAUUCGUCUAAUGAGUAAUGAUUUACAAUUUAUUGUUUAGUUUUUCCUAAAGAGUUAAAUACCAAACUGUUAAUUUUUUUUUAAAUGAAAUGGGCAAUUUUUCCAUUGUCAUUACAUUCCUAAAUUAUAUUCUUAUAGUCUCAUUAGUAUCAUGUUCAACUGCGUUAAAGCCAAGGGGUGUUGCAUUCGACAAAACCUUUCUGUAUAUACCAGACAAAGAUUUCUCAUGUCUGGAUGGGAACUUAGUUAUUCCAUUCUCACAUGUAAAUGAUGACUAUUGUGACUGCCCAGAUGCAAGUGAUGAACCAGGAACAUCAGCUUGUCCUAAUGGUACAUUCCAUUGUAUUAACACUGGACACACUUCUGCUGUGAUACCAUCAUCACGAGUAAAUGAUGGUAUAUGUGAUUGUUGUGAUGGUUCCGAUGAAUGGAUUAAACAAAGUACAUGUAGUAGUACCUGUGAAGAACUUGGUCGUGCAGCUAAAGAAGAAGCUGAAAGGGUACAUCAGUUGUAUGUAGCUGGUUAUGAAAUACGAGAACAGUUAAUCGCCAAAGGAAAAGAAUUAAAGGCUGAAAAACAAGCCAGAAUUUCCACGUUAUUAGAAGAAGAAAAAAUUGCUGAUCUUGUAAAGAACAAUACAUUAAUAAAAAAACUAGCAGCAGAAGAAGUCGAGAAAAUAGCAUUAGAAAAGUAUCGUAUUAUGGAUGAAGAAAAGAAGAAACAAGAAAAAGAAAAAGAAUAUGUAAACAAUCAAAAUGAAGCGUUUGCAGUGUUUAAUGAAAUUGAUACCAAUAACAAUAAUAAAAUAGAAGAAGAAGAAGUGAAUGCGUAUACUACAUUUGAUCAAAAUAAAGAUGGUAUAGUAUCGCAGGAUGAAAAAGAGUAUUUUAUGGAAGAUAAAAAAGAAUUAAGUUUAGAAGAUUUCAUAUCAAAUGGCUGGAAUCGCUUAAAACAGCUGCUGUUUACUCAAUCAAUUGAUAAAAGUCCAAUUGAGCAGUCUUCUAAUGAAAAACAAUUUGAAGACGAAGUAGAUGAUCUCCAUGAAAAUGAUAAUGAAGAAGAUAAUGAACAAGAAUCAAUUGAUGAUGAAGUUGAACACAUAAGUACCACUGAUGAAAUUGAUGAAUCACAAUAUGACGAAGAAACAAAAUUAAAAAUUAUCGAAGCUAAAAACAUUAGAGAGUUAUUUGAAGAGGCUGAGAGAAAAGUUAGAAAUAUUCAACAAGAAAUUUCCCAAUUACAAGAGUCUUUAAAUAAAGAUUAUGGUCCUGAAGAUGAAUUUGCUGCUUUGGAUAGACAAUGCUUUGAACUUUCUGACCAUGAAUAUGUUUACAAAUUGUGCCUUUUUGAUAAAGUGACUCAACAAUCUAAAAAUGGAGGGCCCGAAGUAAGGUUGGGUAAUUGGAAUGGAUGGAUUGGUGAACAAAAGUACCGCACAAUGGUAUAUGAUAAAGGACAGCAUUGUUGGAAUGGACCUCAACGUUCAACACAUGUAAGCUUAAACUGUGGACUGGAACCUGCCUUGAUUUCUGUAACUGAACCAAACCGUUGUGAAUAUGCGAUGGAUUUUGUUAUGCCUGCUGCUUGUGUUAAACACAAUGAGAGACCAUCUGCACCUAUAAAAGAAGAAUCUGAACAUGAUGAAUUAUAAUUUCAUCAAUAACUCAAUUGUUAUUUUCCCUAUUUUUUGAAAUUUAAAAACAAAAAUUAUGUGAAUAGAUUAAUGCGUUUUUUUUAUAUAAAUUGUAAAAAAAUAUUUUUAUUGCUACAAAUUAAGUAUUUGGUAAAAAUAAAUAAAUAAAUAAUAAAAACGUAACAAAAUAUUUGAUACUUUAUAGCAUCAAUAAUAUAUUAAAUGUAAUUUAUGCUUAAAAAAUUGAUUCUUCUUAAGUCUGGUGUUAAUAAAACUCUACAACUGUUA